GCGAAGAGGCCGCUACACCGUGAAGACGAGCGUGCAGACGGAGUCUAGCCCACACUUUUAUCUCUUCACUUCAUAAACUCACACGUUGUUGUUGUUUUUUUUAAACCCGCUCCAUUUCGAUUGCUUUUUCUUUUUUACGUCCAAUUAUUCGCAGUCGCUGAGUGAUUAUCCCCGUGUUCCGCCACCACGGCUCCCCCCCGCCCGUGAGCCCGUGAGCAGCAGCCAUGUCGGGAGUAGUGCGAGGCCCCGCCGGGAACAACGACUGCAGGAUUUACGUGGGGAAUCUCCCCCCGGACAUCCGCACCAAAGACGUGGAGGACGUAUUCUACAAGUACGGGACAAUUAGAGAUAUCGACCUGAAGAACAGGAGAGGGGGGCCGCCUUUCGCCUUCAUCGAGUUUGAAGACCCCAGGGAUGCUGAUGAUGCGGUCUAUGGACGUGAUGGCUACGACUAUGAUGGCUACAGGCUGCGUGUGGAGUUUCCUCGGAGCGGUCGAGGCUCCAGAGGCGGUUUUGGAGGGAUCGGUGGAGCACCCAGGGGGAGAUACGGCCCACCGUCCAGACGCUCCGAGUACAGGGUUGUUGUGUCAGGUCUCCCCCAGAGCGGCAGCUGGCAGGACCUGAAGGACCACAUGCGGGAGGCUGGCGAUGUGUGUUACGCUGAUGUUUACAGAGAUGGAACCGGAGUUGUAGAAUUUGUACGGAAAGAGGACAUGACCUAUGCUGUUCGAAAACUGGACAACACCAAAUUCCGCUCACAUGAGGGAGAGACUGCUUACAUUCGUGUGAAAUUAGACGGUCCCCGCAGCCCAAGUUACGGAAGAUCGCGCUCCCGCAGCCGUGGUAGCCGGAGCAGGAGCCGGAGUCGCAGCGCCAGCCGCAGUCGCAGCAAUUCCCGUGGUCGUGGCAGAGGAUCUCCCCGCUACUCUCCUCGUCACAGCCGCUCUCGUUCCCGUUCCUAAAUCUUACUACCGUUGAUGUUUUGCCCUUUUGGUGUAUUCCCUCCUGUUUUUACCUCUUAUGAGUUUCUCCAGAUGUCAGCUACUUUUUUUUUCCUUUUUUUUCUUCCUAUGUCCCGAUGUCCUUGUGGAUAAUCUUGGUAUGUAGUACCCCCCCUGUCCCCUCCCAGCUUCCCCCCUCCUUCUCCAACUGCUUUGACCUUUUGUUUUAUCCCUUUUGUCCCUUCUAUCCCUCCGUCAUGGGUUUUUUUUUUUUUGUUCUGCAAUAUUAUAAAUUGUGCUGUGUUGAACUUCAAAAAUGUUGAGCUGUUUUAUAAAUGACACUCAAUGUUUUUGCAAGUAUUGAAAAUUGAAAAGGUUUUUUAUUUUUAUUUUUUAGUAGCUUCUCUUUGGAUAUAUCGGGUGGGCUGGUUUUGCUGGGAAGCCCAAUGUUUAACUGUAUUUUACCCUUGUGUCUUCCUUUAGACAUCUGAGGAGAAGGAUUAAAGUGAUUUGGAAUAAAACCAUUGUGGAGCACAUUUCAUUUGUAUGGUCAGGAUAGGACAUCUAGGAGGAAUGAGGUCGAGGCAAUGGUAUGCUUCAUAUUCCAUCAAUUGGAUAUUUAGAUAGGUUGCUAUGUCAUGCAUGUCAUUUACCAAAGCCACAAGUGCUGUACUUUUGUUAUAUGGACAGUCUUUUAACAUGCUGUCACGGCAUGUGACAGAAUUAUCGAUCCUAAGUCAAGUUCUGUGAUACAAGUGUAACGCCUUUGCUGUCGAUGUAAAAUCAGAAUCACUUUGUUGUGAAAACCCCCACUUUAAUGUCCUCUAUGGUAAAAAUGUCUUUUUUAUGUAGGGGAGUGUUAGUUUUUGUGCUCAGUGGCUUUUUUUUUUUUCUCUAAUUCCUUGAUCUGACAUAAGUACUCAACGUGGAAAAAAUUAGGCCCAAGAAUCUUGACAUUUUAUUCUAACAGUCUGCCUCUGAUUUUCUUCCUGGUAUUUCAAGGUUUUGAUUGGAGGAGUGGAUCCCAAUCCUUGGAGCUGGAUGGGUGGAUCGAUUAGGGAAGGGAUAGGCAAGGAUGGAUGCUCGGAACGGGAGCACAUUUCGAGGAUUCAAAUGAGUUGAUUACAGAACUAAUUAACAGAAGUCCCAGAGCAACUUUUUUUUUUUUCUCCAUUAUAGGCCCCCCCGCCUAUAUUUUUAAAGUUUUUCAGUGAUAAUGGCUUUAUUGUACGAGAAAACGAAACAGACGACCAGGAAGUUGGAUCAAAGGAUGGAGUCGUAGAUGCCUGGUAGGAGGGAAGUUGGGAGGGGGUUUAAUCUGGGAGUAGUUUUGACUUAUUGUGUUGAAUUUCUCUCUUUCUCUUAGCAUUUUCAAUAAAAGACUUAAAAACAAAGGACACUUCAGUUUGUUUUCUUUUAUUUCUACCACAAACCCAACUAUGACUCCAACCCUGUUAAUGUAUUUUCUGACA